AUUCUUAACUACAAACGAAUUCGUUCGUUAGUUCUAUAAAAGCCGAAUGUUUGUUUACAAUCAUUAACAGUAAUUAUAGAACAUUAGUGAAGUGAACUGAGUGCUGAGUUAUAGAUACACAGAUCAGAGGAAUAAUUGGAAUAAAAAUGAACAAAUAUUUGGUAACGGUAGUUGCCCUGGCAGUUAUAAGCUGUACAGUUAGUGGUGUGCCUUAUGGCAGUAAAGUAGCCACUUAUGGUGGUGGUGGAGGAGGAGGAGGUGGAGGCGGCGGUGGAGGAGGUGGUUCUGGCGGUGGUGGUGGAUUUGGUCCUGGUGGAGGAGGUAGUGGUCCGGGUGGCGGCCAUGGUGGAGGUUCAAUUGGUCCUGGUGGUGGUCAUGGUAGCGCUGGUUUUGGUCCUGGUGGCGGUUCAGGUGGUGGACUUGGUGGCGGUAAAGGUUCAGGCGGUGGUGGUGGCUUUGGUUCCGGCUCUGGUCUAGGAGGCGGCGGUGGAGGUUUUGGCCCAGGAGGCGGCGGUGGUGGCCCAGGCGGCGGUCAUGGCGGCGGUAAUUCGCUUUCUCAAGGGUUAGGAGGAGGUCAUGGAGGUGGUGGCGGAAAUGGUUUAGGCAGUGGUGGUGGCGGAUUUGGUCCAGGUGGCGGCUCUGGUUCUGGUGGUGGUAAAGGUAGCGGUGGUGGUGGCGGUGGAGGCUUCGGUUCUGGUUCAGGCUCUGGCUUAGGCGGUGGUGGUGGAGGUUUUGGUCCUGGCGGUGGUUCAGGAGGUCAUGGAGGAUCCGGUGGUUCAAGUGGUUUUGGUCCCGGUGGUGGCUCUGGAUUAGGUGGUGGUGGUGGUAGCGGAAGUGGUUUCGGUGGUGGCGGCGGUCAUGGUGGUGGUGGCGGAGGCGGUCACGGUUUAAGUGGCGGCGGCGGUUAUGGAGGUGGUGGCGGCGGUGGCUACGGUGGUGGUGGCGGUGGUGGCUAUGGCGGUUAUAAGAAACAUGGCUACUAAUCCCAACUAUGUAUUUAAUACACUGUGAUGACAUUACUUGUGCUUCUUUUUAUGUAAAUAUUUAGUAAUAAAUUUUUGUAAAUACAUAUAAAAUUCAUUUAAAAUACAA